GAGAGGAUGUGGAACGGGGUUGGACUUAUUGAAUGGACUUCACAUGUGUGCACGAGGGGGCAGUUGCACUGGACCCAAAAGACCGUGGCACGAGACAAUCAUGGGCGUGGGGACGGAUUGAGACUCAUAAAAAGUCUGUACUUGCCACACUCAUGUCAUUUUUUUCCCCUCAUCUGCUCACCCAUCGUGUGUCUUCUACUUCACCUCCUCCUCCUUCUUCUCCCCUAUAUAAAGAGCUGCCAAUGGAGCAGAGGCUCCCACAGCUGCUUCUUGAGAUUCAAUCUUCCUUGUAACACACCGUCAACCAUCAUCAAUCCUUGCCUACAGUGCUCAGGGGCGGAGAGAAGGAAGGGGCUGUUGAGUAGUCUGGCAGAGGAGAUGAAAGUCCUGAUUUGGCUGCAAAGCCUUGUGGGUAGCCCAUGGUUUGCUUCUGCAGCAAUCACUCUGAUAGCCACUGUAGUGCUUUGCCUGCUAUGGACUUCUAGAUUCAGCAGAAACGAAGCAAGGCUUCCUCAGGGCACAUUUGGGUGGCCCUUCAUUGGAGAGAGCCUAGAGUUCAUCUUCUGUGGAUACACACCUCGCCCUGAGAAGUUCAUGGACAAGAGAAUAAAGAGGUACGGGAAAGUGUUCAAAUCUCACAUCUUCGGGAGCCCGACCAUCGUGACCACAGAUGCAGAGGUGAGCAAAGCCGUCCUGCAGAAUGACGGCAGGACCUUUGUGCCCUUCUACCCAAAGUCCAUCACCCAGCUCAUGGGGGACUCCUCAAUCCUCCUCAUCAAUGGCGGCCUCCAGAAAAGGAUCCAUGGCCUCAUCGGCGGUUUCCUCAAAUCACCUCCCCUCAAGGCUCAGAUAACUGAAGAGAUUGAGAAUUAUGUCAGGGUUACCAUGAAGAGCUGGCAAGAUGGUCAGCUAGUUUACAUCCAAGAUGAAGCAAAACAUAUUGCUUUCCAAGUUUUGGUGAAGGCAUUGAUUAGCCUUGGUCCGGGGAAAGACAUGGAUUUCCUAAAGCAGCAGUUCAGGGAGUUCACCGCCGGCUUGAUGUCCUUGCCGGUGAACCUGCCGGGGACCAGGCUCUAUCGUUCCCUCCAGGCAAAGAAAAGGAUGGCAAAGUUGGUGCAGAGAAUAAUUGAGGAGAAGAGAAGGGAGCAGAGGAAAUCCUGCCCAAGAGAUGUGCUUGAUGUGCUUUUGGAGGACACCAGUCAGAGGCUGAACAAGGAAAUGAUAUCUGAUAACCUCAUAGACAUGAUGAUACCAGGAGAAGACUCCGUUCCAAUUCUCAUCACUCUGGCCAUCAAAUACCUCACUGACUACCCACAAGUUUAUGAAUCCCUUCUGGAAGAGAAUUUGAAGAUGAAGCACUCUAAAGAGAAACUGGGCCAACAGUUAUGCUGGAGUGACUACUUGUCCAUGCCAUUUACACAAAAUGUGAUCACAGAGACAUUAAGGCUGGGCAACGUGAUAACUGGGGUGAUGCGUAGAGCCAUGAAAGAUGUAGUGAUUAAAGGACAUUUUAUACCGAAAGGGUGGUGUGUGUUCCCCUAUUUCAGAUCGGUUCAUCUUGACGAGCAGAACUACCAGGAUCCCUACUCUUUCAAUCCAUGGAGAUGGCAGGACAGAGACUCGACCAGUUGUUAUUUUACUCCUUUUGGAGGAGGCCAUAGGUUGUGUCCUGGCGUGGACCUAUCCAGAUUGGAAGCUGCCAUUUUCCUCCACCAUUUGGUCACUAAUUACAGAUGGGUGGCUGAAGAAGAUUCUGUUGUCAACUUUCCCACUGUAAGGAUGAAAAGAAAAUUGCCCAUAAGGGUCCAAAAACUUGAAUUGGCUUGAUUUUUCACAUGGGGGAGGAAGGCAUCAGAAUUCGAUUCAUUCUUUGGGCAAAACAAGAGAAAAACCCAAUAGAUAGCAGCAAGGCUUCUCAGUUUCUGUGAUAAUUAUACACCACUGCACAUCCGGUGUUCAGAAAGAGCAUGAAAAUGACCAGCAUGAAGAUUGAUGCCAAAAGAUGAUGUACCCAAGAACAAGGGUCCAGGUCUACUUGCUGCAAGAGUCAAAAUGAGAAAAAGGAAGGAAAGUUGGGGAAGGAGAAGAAAGAAGCAUGUACUAGUGGUGUCUCAGAGAUUUAUUGUCUGCCAUUGGUCUUCUAGAUUUGAUAUCUAAGCCCUGUAUCAAUAUCACAAGAAAAGGUUCAGACAGUUUCAAGGCAUGCUGAGUACUGUCUGCCACUUGGUUUCCAAGUUAAUAAUACAUCAUCAUAUAUUGUAUAAUACACUCAAAUCUUUCCCUUCCAUUCUUCUCUGAGAGAGAGUGAAAUGGUUGGAGGUGUCAAAGGCGUCUAUAAGACUCCUCUUUUGCACAGGACUUCUAUUAUUGACGCCCUUUGUUCCUCUUCCUCUUUUUCGACAGAUGAAGCAAAGAAGCAUGGUUAAAGCUUCUAAGUUUCUGUUGUAAAAAUUGACAUUGUACAGCCAAAGGCUUUUACAUCUGAUAAUAAAAUUUGCAGUUGUCAA